AAAUCAACUUGCCGAUCCUCUAAUCGUCAAAACCCCCAAAUACUAGCGCUUCUUCUCGGUGGGAGGAGCAUAUGUACUUCAUCGGGGUAUAGUAUAAAUCUUCAACGAAGCAGGGCAGUCAUGAUAUCCCUCCACUCGCACUCGGGGCAGUUCUGCUGCCACGCCAAAGGCACUCUAGAGGACGUCGUCCUAGCUGCCAUAGAGCGGGGGUUCACAACACUCGGAUUGUCGGAGCACGUCCCCAGGUCGCGUCAACAGGACAUAUACCCCGAUGAAGCAGGACUCACGCCCUCAGACCUGUCCCUAACUUUUGACAACUACCUGGUGGAAGCUCGACGACUGCAACAGAAAUACUCGUCAAGAAUCCCCUUGCUUGUUGGAGCAGAGACGGAGCUUAUUCACUCCACGACUUUGAAAGAACUAGACGAGCUGCAGUCACGGCACAAGCUGGACUAUCUAGUGGGAUCCGUCCACCAUGUCCAAGGCUACCCGCUAGAUUACGAUUCGGAAGGAUACGCAGUUGCGGAAGCCGCUGUCGGAGGGACCGAAGCGCUGUUUCUCGAUUACUUCAACGCUCAAUACGAACUAUUAAGUCAUGUCAAACCCGCUGUGGUUGGACACUUUGACCUCGUGAGGAUAUUCAGGCCAGACCAUGUCUUGAGCGACGAUAUCUGGGCAAAGAUCAAACGGAAUGUUUUGAAGAUUGUUGAAUACGGCGGUCUGGUGGAGAUCAACUCGCGGGCAUGGAAGAAAGGGUUGAAGGAUGCGUAUCCUCAGCGAGAUAUCUUGCGUUACAUGAUAUCUGCUGGGGCAAAAUUCACGCUGUCGGACGACAGCCAUGGACCGAACGACAUUGGAAUGUACUACGAUAGACUGUAUGCAUACGUGAAGGAGAUGGGGUUGCACGAGGUCUUCUACCUUGCGCUGGAUGGAGAGGGACAAGUUCGCCUUGAAUCUAUCAAAACGGCGAACUUGCAAACCGUCACAGCAGGAACCGGCGACCCAUUGGCCAACCUUAUGUCUGACUCCUGAUCAGAGGGCUCGUCAAGAAGCCUCGCUGGGAUAAAGAUGUGCUUGAAGUGACAGAACCCGAAGGUCCGAGGGACGAUCGGCAGCGCUACCUCUCAGCAGCAAACCGAGUCACGUUCAAUGCAACCGUCGACGGAACCAAACCAUGCUCACAAAGCAAUGCAGUGAUGAAGUGAGCAGGCGUGAC